CACCCCAACAGCUGACAGAAACAUUGGCAACAUUUUGCAGUGAAAAAGCCGCGUUUUUGUUUAGCUGCCACAAAAAAUUAAAUCAAACGAAAAGUGCACAAUGUUCGAUGUGGAGCCUAUUAUAGCUGACCACAAGGACGUUAUACACGAUGUGGUUUUCGACUACUAUGGACGCCGCAUGGCCACAUGCUCCAGCGAUCAGACCGUAAAGAUAUGGGAUGAAGACGAGCAGGGCAGAUGGACGGUAACGAGCAGCUGGAAAGCGCACUCUGGAUCCAUAUGGCGCGUCUCUUGGGCCAAUCCAGAAUUUGGCCAAGUUAUUGCCACAUGUUCCUUCGAUCGCACUGCAUCCGUGUGGGAGGAAGUCAUGGGAGAUAAGGUGUCUACAACCAGCGCACCCACACGCCGCUGGGUGCGUCGCACUACACUCGUGGAUUCGCGUACUAGCGUCACAGACGUAGAGUUUGCACCCAAAUAUCUGGGAUUACUAUUAGCCACCGCCUCGGCGGAUGGUAUCAUACGCAUUUACGAGGCGCCAGACAUAAUGAAUCUGUCACAGUGGCCGGUGCAGCAUGAGAUUGCCAACAAGUUGUCGUUGAGCUGUUUGUCAUGGAACACUUCCACUUACAUGGUCACACAACUGCUUGCAGCCGGCAGCGAUGAAUCCGCCACGCCUACGGGCAAGGUGUUUCUGUUUGCCUAUAGCGAAAAUGCGCGCAAAUGCGUCAAAAUUGAGACUGUCAACGAUAUCACAGAUCCGGUCACAGAUGUGGCCUUUGCACCCAACGCUGGACGUACUUUCCACAUGCUGGCGGUGGCCAGCAAGGAUCUCUACAUUGUCAACAUACGCGGCGUGACUGACUCCACGGGCAAUGCCAAGUUGGAGCUGCAAACGCUCAAGUUUAGCGAGCACAAUUGCCCCGUGUGGCGGGUUUGUUGGAACAUGCUUGCCACCAUGUUGAUCUCCACGGGGGAUGAUGGCUGUGUGAGAAUUUGGCGCAUGAACUACACACGACAAUGGAAAUGUGCUGCUGUUUUGAAGGCCGAGGGCAGUGGACCGACUUAUGAACCGAAUCCAACGACACCGACGCUAGCAACCACCGCAUCGGCCACCGCAAAGUUCUACAAAAAGGGUACCAUUGGCAACCAGGUGCCAUGGCAUUAGUUAAGCUUUGUUGCCCAUGUUACAAAAUAAUAUAAACUUAAUAAGCUACAAUAAUAA